ACUGCCAGCCCCCCAGCAUCAAGAAGCAGUCAUCAGUGGACACUCUUUACUUCAUAGAAAACACGGAAGUGCAGAUACCUUGUAUAGCCAAGGGCAGUGGAGAGCUCAGUUACACAUGGUAUAAAAAUGGGGAAGUCCUAGACAUCAACAACCCAGCCUUCCUGGAAAGGGCAGCUGUGGGACCAGGCACCGGCACCUUGAACAUAAAAACUGUGGUGGAAGAUGAAGGCAUCUACCAAUGCUCGGUAACAAAUGAAUGCGGUACAUCUUUGUCCAUGAAAGUCUUCCUUGCAACGGCAAAAAUGCCACCUUUUCCUCACUUGAACAAGCCCACAGAGAUCAAGAGGGUUCUGGGAGCAUACGUCAAGCUGGACUGCAAGCCUCCAGAAAGUGUUCCUAGGGCUAAGAUUACAUGGAUUUUGAAAGAUUCGGCCCAACGUAAUGGUGUGGAUGAAACAGACGCAAGCACCAACUCUGUUCCACUGGAUUCAAGAGUUACCAUGGAUUAUGAAGGUAACUUGUACAUCACAAGUCUUCGCAGGGAGGAUGAACAGGGGGGAAAGAUUUACGUCUGCCAGGCGGAAAACCUAUUUACUAGGUCAACCAACAUUGGCGAGGAUAAGAAGAUUACAGUUCAAGGCUCGACAGCCUCAGAUCGAGGCGUGGAUCUUCUGUGGCACUCCGGCAAUGAAACCUUGGUGUUGGUGGGCAGAAGGGCACGAAUGAAAUGCAUAUUUUCUGGAUAUCCAGAACCCAUUAUUUCCUGGUCAAGGCUGACCGGUGGGGAGCUGGAGAGGAACCGGAUGACAUUCGAUGGCAAUGAGCUGGUGAUCAAUGAGGUGCAGUCUAAGGAUGCUGGGCAGUACCAAUGUACAGGCAGACAAAGAGAUUCCAAGUCUCAUGUGUUUACUUUGACUGUAGAAGCUGCUCCACAAUGGAAAAGUCAGCCUCGGGAUGUCACAGCAGGAGUUGAAGAAAGUGCCAGUUUUGAAUGUGAUGCCACUGGACUUCCUGAACCCACUGUCUCCUGGUUCAUCAACGGGAAACCUUAUGAUGAACUUCCUCCUAACCCCAAUCGUGUUCUCAAGGACAGCACCCUGACCUUCACAAACCUGGAGAGAGAUGACUCUCAGGUUAUCCAGUGCAAUGCCUCCAAUAUCCACGGAAGUAUCUGGGCAGAUGUCUUCCUAGCUGUGGAAGCUCUGGCUCCCAGCUUUAAGCAGACACCACCAGAGAAACUGGUGAUUGCAGAGAAUCACACCCUAGUGAUCCCAUGUCAUGUGUUGGGAAAACCCAAGCCUAGAGUGGUCUGGUACAAGGGCAGCCAGCCUCUGGUGCAUGACCGGUACAGGAUACAGGAGCAUGGAGACCUCCUGAUUGAGCAAAGUGAAAAGAAGGACACUGGCACAUACAAAUGUACGGCCGAGAACAGGUUUGGAAGCAUCACUGCUGAAGGAGAGGUCAUGGUCAGAGAACGCACUCGAAUAGAAAGUCAACCAAUGGAUGAGAAAGUUAACUACAUGAAUACAGUCACAUUUUCCUGCAUGGCUAGAACAGAUCCAAUGGAAUUAGAGAAUCUCAGAUUCCGUUGGUUGAAGAAUGGCCAAGAGCUGCAGCCAAGUGAUCGGGUAACUAUACAAGGGGGUGAACUGACAAUUGCAGAGACAAACAGCAAGGACACCGCAAACUACACCUGUGUGGCUGAGAAUGGCCUGGACAAUGAUACAGCUACAGCAGCACUGGAAGUCAAAGCUGUUCCAGACCCUCCUCUCAACGUCACCUUGGAGGAAUGCCUGGCCAAACAGGCGUCCAUCAAGUGGAUAUUUGAGGAUAAGAUGCGCAACUUUGACACCAUGACCAAGUUCAUCGUGGAGUACAUGACAGAGUACAAACCAGGAGUAUGGAUUACUGCCACUUCUCUGCCCUAUCCUGCAUUAAUGGCAAAGGUCAACCUGUCUCCUUAUGCUAAAUAUAAGUUCAGGGUCAAGGCUGUAAACAAGAUGGGGAUGAGCGAGCCCAGUGAGCCCACCAGUGUGUGGUGUGAGACCCCUGUCUCGGUUCCUGAUCAAAACCCAGACAAUGUGCACACGGAUGAGAGUUCUACUGGCUUCCUUGUGGUCAGAUGGAAACCAAUGGAAGAGCUGGAUCUGAAUGGACCAAAGUUUCGCUACGAGAUCGAAGUCCAGGAACAGGGCACUGAGUUCCAACAAACGCAUGUUGUCGAUGACUUCAGGCUGAGUGAGAAACGGAUCCCAGUUGACAACAUCUACAGACCCUAUCUUAUUAAAGUGAGAGCUGUAAACCAAAUUGGCAAGGCAAUGAGCAACCCAUUGACGGUAACUGGCUAUUCUGGAGAAGCUCCUCCAAUUGUGGUACCUGAAAAUUUUGAGCUUGACCCAGAUGUGAAUGUGACAGUAACCAGUGCUGGGUUUAGAUGGGAUCCGGUUGAUACCCAUGGAGACCUGAUCAGGGGGGAGUUUUCAGGAUAUAAGAUCCGCUACUGGAAGGCUGGAGAAAGAGACACAACCCUGCGUGAGCACAUAGUACAAGCCAGCUCUGCCGAUGGUCAGCGUGGUCGCAGGGAUGUUGGUGAAGAUAACAAAGUCAGAGGAGCGGUGAUCAACCUACCUUCGUAUGCUGAUGUGGAGGCAGAUGUUGUUGUGAUUAAUAAGAACUUUGAGUCCAAUGGCAGCAAUGUUGUCAAUUUCUCCACCCCUGAAGGAGUUCCUGGAGAGGUAGAGUACCUGGAGGCUUUGUACAGAGGAUCUCAUCAUUUCUUGAUCCAGUGGCAGAAACCCAAGGAACAGAAUGGGAUCAUCACAGGAUAUCAGGUGUCUUAUAGAAAAAUAAACAGAAUCGACUUUGGGCCUGAAGUUAUUGCCUUUGAUGACCUGGACCCUGAAAAUGAUCGGGUGACCUUAAAGGAUAUGGAACCUGAUACGCAGUAUAGAAUCUUUAUUAGGGCAAAGACGGCCAAGGGUCUCGGCAAAGACUACUUCAUUGAUGUGAGAACUAUCAGUACUGUCUCUUUCAUGGCUUUGCCAGUGGUCAAGCACGUGUCACCUGGAGAGAAUGAAGCUAAUGUCACAUGGGAAGUCGUUUCCAAGGAGAAAGGCAGCAGACAUGCCAGAUUUUACUAUGUAGAGUAUCGGAAGAAAAACACUGAGAAGUGGAUACGCUCUGAGGAGCCCAUAGAGGACAGAUCCUGGGGCUUGGUCAGACACCUAGAACCUGGCACACAUUACGAGGUUCAAGUCCUGGCCAUGGCGCAGGAGAAAGGGGAUGAAUUUCCCAGUGAAUCGUUUGCCUUUAUGACAGCUGGGAUUGGUGCUGCUCGAGCCAGUUUCCUGACUGCAGCCUGGUUUAUUGGCAUGAUGGUGGCCAUUGCUGUCCUGAUUCUCAUUCUGAUUAUCAUCUGCAUCAUCAAGCGAAAUAGGGGAGAUAAUUACCCAGUGCAAGAGAAGGAGAGACUUAGAGGAGCCUACAAUGACGAUAACCCUGACCAAUUCAAUGGGUUCGGCAAAGGAGAUGAAAAUGGGGUCAAGGGAAGCAACUCAUUUGACCGUGAUGUUGAAAAAGUGCCACUGGAUGAAGAUGCUGAUAGUUUAGACUAUGGGGAUGAUGAUGCCAGCAAAUUUAAUGAAGACGGCUCAUUUAUCGGCCAGUAUGGGCGCGGAGAAAAGCCAAAUGAGGGAACAAAUGCAUCUUCUAUAGUUUAA